AUGGCCUCAGAUGCGGAGGAGGCCCAUCUUUCUGUUUUCGAAAAUCCUGUUCUGGUGCUAAGCCUUUUUUAUCGAUUUUCAUAUCGCCAAUUGAUAUCAUUGAUAAGAAGAUUCUACUCCACCAUCAUAAAAUGCUUCCUCGUCGCUUUUCUUGUGGUUUUUGCGCUAUCCUUUUUCCCUUUCUUUUAUAAGCUCCUGCCUGCGGUGCUAUGGUAUUCGGAAUGGUUCAUGCUUGGCAUAAUGUCCACAAUUGGUCUUGGCUCAGGUGCCCAUACUUUUGUGCUUUUUCUGGCUCCCUUUAUUGCAGAGACUGCAACCACCGCCUUCGUAAUUUGGGAGUCCUUCUUUUGGGGCUUUGGCACUGCAAUUGGCGAGUUGCCGCCUUAUUUUAUUGCUAAAACCUGUGCCCUUAACGAUAAAAAGGCGCCGUUCACAUUCCGCCCAAACGGAUGGACAGACUACUUCCACUCCCUGAUCCGAUGGAUGGUGCAAAAAUUUGGGGUUUUCGGCAUCUUGCUUUGUGCGUCAAUUCCGAAUCCACUAUUUGACCUUGCUGGUAACGGAUGGUUUUUGAGCGUAGGGAUCACAUGCGGAUAUUAUGGAAUUCCGUUUUGGUCUUUUUUCCUGGCCACUUUUGUUGGGAAGGCCAUCAUCAAGGCAUCUUUGCAGGUGGGCCAAUUGCCUAAUCAUGCUUUGUAG